UAACAUUGCUCCAAUUCCCGCCUUUGCAGAAGGGACCGGACCGGGAGCCACCAACAACCAGGAACCGACUUCCCCGCGUCUCCCCAGCGGCUCCCUCCGCCCCUCGCUCCCCGACCGGGCUGAUUGAGGGUUAAACCCGCCGAGCUCCGGGUCCCGCCCCGCCUAGACGCGCCCAGUAAUUGCUGCGGGGGGCGGGCUCGGGGCGGGACCGUCUCGUGCCCCGCGGAGCCCUGGGGGCCGAGCCCGGCCCGAGCGGCGCGUGCGGAGCGAGCCCCGCAGGCUGCAGCCCCAGCGCCCGGCGCGAUGUCGGUGACGUUUGAGGAUGUGGCCAUGUAUUUCUCCCCAGCGGAGUGGGCACUGCUGGGCAAGGAGCAAAGGCAACUUUACAUACAUGUCAUGUGGGAAAAUUACCAGAUUCUGGUCUCGUUAGGAAUCCAGACUCCCAAGCCAGUGGUGAUCUCCAGCAUAGAGCGAGGGGAAGAGCUGUGUGUCCAGGGUCCCACAGAAGAGGAACAUGGGGACAUCCUGAGAGGCAUCCGCCCAGAUUUUCCAGAUGCAGAGGAGACUUGGGACUGGCCAGCAAUUGAAAGCUCCUUGGGCUUCUUCCUCACACAAAGCUCUUCCCCGGGAGCAGGUAGGGAACCAGCUCUGCCCUUUCCAGCAGUGGGAGCUGGAGAGCUCAUUUCAGGAAUCGUCCAUCAGCUGCAAACUCUCCCCUCACAGAGCAUUACAAUAGGGAUUGAAGCCCAGACAUGA